AUGUCUUCCAUCGAAAUAAACAGCAACAAAACACCUCCAUCUAAGCCUCUCUCCCGGAAACUUUCUAAACCGGAUUCAGUAACUUACAGUGAUUCAGUGGAUACAAAUGGAAGUAUUCUUAAUUCUGUUCGAGGAAGUAUCCGACGAUUUCGUCGUACUUCUGGUGCAACGACGGCUUUAAAUUCAAAACCUGAUCCCCUUUCUUCGAACACGCACAUUCCUACUUUUUCUCGUUUCCAAUCAACUAUAGCCAAUAUUGCUCGCGAACAAACUUCUCGAUUAAAAGAUAUAAAUAUAUCACAGAAAACGGCAGAUUUAACGGCAAUUGUGCAAGAAAUGGGCACUGAGUUAGGGAAGAAAGGAGUAGAAUUUGGUAGUAUGACCAAGGAUGCUGUUGAUAAAUGGAAAAAAAGAAAAGAUUUUCCAUCUAGUAACUUUCUCGAAAGUUCCAAAAAUGUAACCGGUGUUAAAAUUUUUGGAGCACCUUUAAAGACUGCAGUCAUUUCAACUCGUAUAGAAAAAGAUAUCGAACAAAUUCAAAAAGAUACAUCAAGAUAUUGGUUACCCACUGUAAUAGUCAGGUGUAUAGAAUUUUUGGAUAAAUAUGGUCUAGAUGAAAUCGGUAUUUAUAGAAUACCAGGAAGUGUGUUGACCGUGUCUCGUAUACGCAGUAUUUUUGAUUAUGGCGCAGAUUUGAAUUUUUUACAAAGUUCAACCGAAGAUCCCCAUGCUGUAGCCACACUUUUAAAGAUGUAUUUUCGCGAGUUACCUGAACCUAUAUUGACAGAGGUAUUAUUACCAGACUUUAAUGAAUGUGUUGCGAAACAUACCAAUUCAGCUGGGGUUGCUACCCAACCAAUAUUAGCCUCAGGUUCUCAACAGUUCUCUACAGCAUAUUUCACUGCACCAACAAAAGUUCCCACUGAUCUCCCACGUGAUCUUACAAAGAUUGUUUCUCGUUUACCCCCUUACAAUUUCUAUUUACUCCGUGCGCUUUGCGAGCAUCUGUCUCGUGUUGAUGGUAAAAGCGGAAUAAACAAGAUGAAUAUAAGUAAUCUCGGUCUAAUAUUUUGUCCGAAUUUAGGAAUAGGAUCAAUUCUUUUCAAGACCUUUGUUGGGUACAUUGAUAUCGUUUUUGGUGAGGGUUGCAUACAAGAAGCAGCAGAAUUAGAGAAUGAAAAGCGUGAACAGGAUGCAAAAGAAAAACAUGCAUCACUAAUUUACCAUAAGACAUGUAUUUCGGAUGAUUUCUCUAAAAGUUUAGAGGAUCUGUUGACUCUUAAUAAAAAAACACAAACGAAUUCUUCUAGCCAAUUCCCUUCGUCAUCUUCCUCACCUACAAAAGGAUAUAAUUUAGAUAAGGAUAAUAUAGGCAACCCCAAUACGGUGAUGGCAAUUUCAUCAAGUACACUGUCAGAAUCUGAAUCUAAAUAUAAAAACUUAGAUAAUCAGCAACAAACCUAUAACGAAACUACUUUCUUAAGUCUAAAUUUGCUCGCAAAUAAUCAUGAACAACAUCAGCCUUACCCUAUAAAUAUAACAAAUGUUUCUACCUUAUCUCCUAAUGUUCCAUUCCGCAAGAGGUCUUAUUCUACAGGUUUACCUUUGACUAUUAUGGAAUUUUCAUCCGAUUCUUCAGAAAGUGAUGAUGAAAGCAAAAACUUUUCUGAUGAAACAGGUCUCACCGACAGUCCAAAUUCUCCAACACUUAUGACUUUUGACUAUUUUGACAAACAUGGUACUAAAAAUCUUGGUGUCUUGAAUUUAUCAAGGAGAGUGUCAAAUAAAUGGGUAGUAAAUCAUAAUGCCGUUGAAGGUGAUAGAACCAAUUCAUCAGUCGCGAGUAUCAGAAGGCGUAGACGAGAUACGGAUUCUAAUAAACCUUCCAAUUUACUUGAAGAAAAUGUAAUGACUGAAAAAAAUGAGUCAAAUAUAAAUAUAAGUGGAGAUGUUAAAACUAUUAUCAACAAGAUUAAUAGUGGGAUCUCUGAUUCCUUAAGUACAUCAAAUUUACGAGGAAAAACUAAAAAAUAUUCUUCCGUUGGAAAUUUAAUUAAUCCUUGA